AGUUUGAGUUGUCUACUCUUCUUUGCUCUCUUGAAAUAACUACAUAUAUUUUGUCAUAGACAAUUGUACGGGGAAGGAAAAGAAAAAUUCAUGGCGUCCAUACCUUUCUCUGCAACUUUUCCUUCUUAUCUUCAUGACUUGUCUCAGACCAAAAAGAUCCCAGUUUUGUCUUCUUCAUGGCCUUUCUCGAUCCCUUCCAUCAAGUCAUCGCUUGGGUCUUCGAAAUCAGGCUUUUUGCAACAUGGGUUCUCUUCACUGUCCUCUUCUGUUCCUGGGUUUGUCUUCAAAUCUAGAUCUUCAGGGAUUUAUGCAAGGGCAGCUACAGAGAAGACUCUGUACGACUAUACUGUGAAGGAUAUUGAUGGGAAGGAUGUUUCUCUUAGCAAAUUUAAAGGAAAAGUUCUGUUGAUUGUCAAUGUUGCUUCAAAAUGUGGUUUGACGACAUCAAAUUACACAGAGCUCUCCCACAUAUAUGAGAAAUACAAGACUCAAGGAUUUGAGAUUCUAGCUUUCCCUUGCAAUCAGUUCGGGGGACAAGAGCCUGGAUCAAAUCCUGAGAUUAAACAAUUUGCCUGUACCAGGUUCAAAGCAGAAUUUCCAAUAUUUGAUAAGGUUGAUGUGAAUGGACCCAACACAGCUCCCGUUUACCAAUUCCUGAAGUCAAGUGCAGGUGGAUUUUUCGGUGACCUGGUCAAGUGGAAUUUUGAGAAGUUCUUGGUGGACAAAAAUGGCAAAGUUGUCGAGAGGUAUCCACCAACAAUAUCGCCUUUCCAAAUUGAGAAGGACAUUCAGAAGCUCCUUGGGGCAUGAGUCUUGAACCUCAGCAACAUGCAUCCCCUCGUCUGCUAGCGUCAGAAAUGAAGUAGAUAGGUGUAAAUUUCACAAUCAGUAAAUGAAAAUGGAAUGCCUUUUUCUGCUCUAUAGUUCUGAUACAUCAAUGUGUACUUUUGUUUUUCUUUUCCAUCAUCAGACAUGAUAUGCAUUUAGUUUGCCCUACUUGUUCAAAUUUCUGCUUAACCAUUAUCGCAAGUGAUCUUAUUUACUUCA